AUGCCAACCGACAAUCCCUCGGUGUCCUACCCUCUAACAGAGGCCCAAGGGAGGGGCAAUCCGACCGAAUGGCCAAGCUCAGGUGACCACGCACAACGUGCGCCUGCAUCCGCGCCCCUCUCCAGACACGCAACCCACAUCUACACCGUCUCCUAUUUAAUCUUCUUCUCCCUCAUGGGCACACUAGCCCGUCUGGGUCUACAGGCAUUGACAUUCUACACAGGCGCCCCCGUCGUGACAGGGGUACUAUGGGCGAAUGUAGGUGGAAGCCUGGUAAUGGGAUUCCUGAGCGAAGACCAGAAUCUGUUUCGCGAAGAGUGGGGCAAUAGAGCCAAGGAGCCAGCUACAGAACCAGUCGACGAGUCUAAGAUCAAGAACCAGAAACACAUGACCGUGAAGAAGACCAUCCCGCUGUAUAUUGGUCUGACGACUGGCUUCUGCGGUUGCUUCACUUCCUUCUCGUCCUUUAUUCGGGAUAUCUUCCUCGCUUUGGCAAAUGUCCUCCCCGAUCCGUCGCUGCCGACCGGAUCGCACAUCGCAUCCCGUAAUGGCGGGUAUAGCUUCAUGGCCCUGGUCGCUGUGAUUCUACUCACCGUGUCGCUGAGCCUGUCGGCGCUCAUCUUCGGCGCACAUCUUGCCCUGGCUCUCACACGCAUAACACCCACCGUGCCCUUUGCGUUCACGCGACGAGUCCUCGACCGUGUCAUGGUCGUGCUUGCCUGGGGAUGCUGGCUCGGAGCCGUCUUCCUGGCUAUCUGGCCGCCAGACCGAUAUAAUGGCCCGGAUGUGUGGCGCGGCCGGGCGGUGUUUGCUCUUGUCUUUGCGCCGCCUGGUUGUCUUCUUCGGUUCUAUGUCUCGCUGCGUCUGAAUAGCAAGAUGCCGACAUUCCCGCUCGGCACGUUUGUGGUAAAUAUGUUUGGAACUAUCAUUCUGGGUCUUUGUUAUGACUUGCAGCAUGUUGGUGGUCUUGGAGCGGUGGUUCCUGCUGCUCUGACGGGUUGCCAGGUGUUGCAGGGUAUUAUGGAUGGAUUCUGUGGGAGCACGACUACUAUCAGUACUUGGGUUUCGGAGUUGAAAGGGCUGUCUCAUCGGCGCCAUGCAUAUCUGUAUGGAGCUGUGAGUGUGCUUGUUGGGCUUGGAUUUUUGGUUGUUAUCAUGGGAUCGUUGCUGUGGACGCGUGGAUUUGACAAGCCUGUAUGUGGAUAG